GCGCGGGGGCCGGUGCGCGGCAUUGCCCGGGAACCGCGGGGAGGUCGCCGGAGUUACCGCUAUGUCCCGCGCCGGUCUGGCUUGGUCCUGAGUUAACAGGAAUGAGGGGAGACUCCUACUUCUUUGAAAUGCGAGGCCUCAGUCACUAUGGCUGCAUCGCAGAGGAUGGAGGACAGUUCUUAAUCUAUUCCAUAGAUGGAAACAGCAAUUUAAAGAGAUGUUUUGCAGAGGAAGAUUUUCAUGAAAUAAUUGACUUCAACGAUCUCCCAAACUCUCUAUUUGCUUGUAAUGUUCACCAGUCUGUGUUUGAAGGAGAGGACAGUAAGGAAAAAUUUGAAGGCUUGUUCCGUGCCUAUGACGACUGUGUGACAUUCCAGCUGUUUAAAAGCUUCAGACGUGUGCGGAUAAAUUUUAGUAGUCCCAAAUCAGCUGCUCGUGCCAGAAUAGAGCUGCAUGAAACACAGUUCAGAGGGAAAAAGUUAAAGUUGUAUUUUGCACAGAUUCAGACCUCUGAGACAGAUGGAGACAAGCUUCAUUUAGCUCCACCACAGCCUGCAAAACAGUUUCUCAUCUCGCCUCCAGCCUCCCCACCUGUAGGGUGGCAACCAAUAGAUGAUGCAACACCUGUCAUCAACUACGACCUCCUUUAUGCAGUUUCUAAACUAGGACCAGGAGAGAAAUACGAGCUGCAUGCAGGAACAGAGUCCACCCCCAGUGUGGUAGUGCACGUCUGUGACAGCGACAUGGAAGAAGACGAGGACCCAAAGAAUUCUCCAAAGCCAAAAAUCAUUCAAACUCGACGUCCUGGUCUGCCACCUCCUGUAUCUAACUGAGCCCUCGCCCGCAGAAACAGCACUUCUCUCCUCCAACACAGCUCUUGGUUUUUGUUUGCUUUGUUUUAUUGAAAGGCAGCCAUUGCCUUGUGAGUAUCAGGACAUUAAGCUCAUUGAAAUCCCUCACAGUAAUCAAGCCUGCGUAACAAAAGGGCUAGGAAAAAGAUCUUUGUAUAUGUAACCAUAUCACACACCAACUACACUAACAGCUUUUCUGGAAAAGACAGAAAUACACUGAAGCAGGAAGGGUGUCAGUCUGAUGACUUUUCACAGCUAUAAUUUGCAUGCUGUAACAACGCCACCAGAGAGAUCAGUCAGGAUAGGCAAAUAGGCUGAUACUGGGCUUGAUAUUCAAACCCCCAGAAUACUCACAGCUGCCCUUCUUCAAAGAACCUGCUUCUCGGCCCUCUUCAGAUCCCCAGUUGACCUGUCUUUUCCUUUUUCCUUUUUUGGGGGGCGGAGAGGGUGGUUCUUUUUAUUAAUCUACUAUCAGCUUGGUGGCCUUUUCAUCCUUGUGAAAUUUUCGUAAGGGACACCAUCUCUGCAACAUUUUUCAGAAACAGGAGAAAAACACCCUCUUCCACCAACAGAGACAGCUGGUCCUUAAUAGCGGUGGGGAUGUGAUACAGAGCCCUCUCGUCAGAGGGGAGAGGUAGCAACUUGCUGAAAGGUCUCUGUCUUUCAGUCCUCUCUAAGGAGGAGGGAGCCAGAAUAUCGAUAGGGACUUACAUUUUAUCUUCCAUAAAGGUAUGAGUAGCACUUCUCUUUGAGGGAAGAAGAGAAGCCAACUGACUGCUGGUUUAAGGUGGGAUUCAUUGCUGUUGUAGCUGCAAGUUCUGCUGAUGAUAAAGGCUUCCCUAGUGGUGUGUUGAAUAGCCCUUAAACCAAUUGUUCAUAAUUAGCUGUACAUCCUUAAUAAUUAGUCCUUUUUCCUCUCUACUUCCUGUGCUUUAAAACCCUUCUGGAGCUGUAUGCAAUUUGGGUUUGUGGAGGUGAGGAGAAAUUAGUUGGUAUUCUUUGUUGGUUUUUUUUUUCUCUUUUUUCUUUCCUUUUUUUUUUUUUUUUUAGGCCAAAGAAAACAGGACCAUAAUUACACACUUGAAAUUAGAUUGCAUGAAAUUGAAUCCCCUUUUUCACUACGUCCUGCAUGUUUCUUUCUCUUGCUAUGUAUACUGGGUUACAAAAAGUGUUCUGUGUUUUCAUCAUGGCUGACAGCAGACAGCUACUGAAUUCCCUGUCUGGUAGAUCUUCCAUGAUGACUUUUUUUUUCAUGCAUACUUGCCAUUUUGAAAACAUUUUCUAGACAUUUGAGCUCCAAUUUUGCAUAUACUUGAGCAUGCGCUUAACUUUAUGCACACGAGUAGUUCCACUGAAAGUUAAUACUGCAGAAAACUGAGCAUAUGUGUAAGAUACAGUGGGAUUUUUAGGCACAGGCUAAUUAACUGCAGCAUUAUUCCCCCAGGUGGCACAGUGAGAUUCCAUUAUUUAAAUUCUAUUGCAAGUUAAAAGAAGUAAAAAACAAACAAACAAACAAAAAACAAACCAAAAAACCUUGGAAGCUCAUUCUAGGAUCUGAAAAGUCAGCUUAAGUUCUGUAAUCAAGAUUUUGACAUAGAACCUAUGGAUUGGGUUUCUGAGGGAAGGUUCCAUUUCACUCUUAAUUAAUAAGGGUACAAAGCUUCGGUAGAAUCGGGGUUACCCUUUUUGCUGUAUUGGCUCUGCAGUACUUCAGGAAGAAAAGUACGCUGUUGUGUCAGUCAAGUCAGGAGAUACCAUUCUCAUUACCUAUGGUGAGGACAUUCUGAGAAGUAAGGACUUGCCAUUCUCUCACCGCCACAGUUCCUUAAUAUUCCUGUUGAAAUGUAGAGCCUUACUUAGCAUAUAACUAUAAUGUGAUAACUCCUAAUGCAUUGUGGACAUUGUGUACAUUACGCUAACAGAAGCAUGUGAAAUACAACGGAGAGUGAACAAGAAAUAGGGCUUCAGUAUCUUCAUGAUAUCUUGAGUAGAGUGAUCUUAAAAGUAAAUCCUUAUAGGUUUCACUUCAGUUAGUUUUCAGUGAUGCAUUUAGAAUUGAUUUAAAUAAAUAAUUUGUCACUCAUUACCCUAGGACUAAAAUGUGAUGUUCCUGUUAAAAAUGCAGUUAUAGACCACCUAUAAUAUUUUAGGGGUGAUGUCCUUUUAUAAAACAUGCUGAAUGCUAAAGUCCGUAGGUUUUAGACUAGUUCUUGGCCACAUCUCCUCAAGUGAAGUAAAUGAUUGAAGACCUUCACUGAUCAAAACUGAUGCUUUGGAUUUUUAUAUCUAAAAAUGCUAGAAGGCGAAAUCUUGUCCUGGUGUCCAGCUACUCAGACUUUGAAAACAUUUGGUUCUGGAUUGAAUUAGGGACUUUGGCUCCCAAUGAUUUAAAACCAUACUGCAAGUAAAGCAUUGGCUCUUAAAUGUUCUUUUCUCAAAGCAUAUUUACAGACAUAGGUUUAAACGUAGGUUUAAAACAGGCCUGACUCAAUGAUGAUUCUUUAUAAAACUGUGCAGUGCUGUCUUGGAGGAGGUAGAGCAUAGCUUCAUUGUGUGAAACACAGAAAUGCAGUUAGGAGAUUGAGAACUCAGAGACGCCUAUUGUAACAGUGGUCAAAGUUUAAAAAUUGCUUUUGUUUGGUAAAAUACAGUCAUCAAAGCAAAAUAUUUCAGGUAGUAUGGAGUAACUUCCCAUCAUAAAAGUAACAGCAUUUGUCAUUGUCUUAACCUUGUAUUUUGCUAGCGGCUGGCUCUUGCCUGGCCUGGAAAAAAUAAAAGGCUUCUUUCAAAAAAUGCUGACCAUCUGGAAAAGUAAAUUCCUAUAUAACUUCAGUAAUUCACAGCCUGUCGUUUUGUUCAAAACAAAGAUGCCACUGACUUCCCUGGGAACUUCCUUUUGUGUCGCAUCCCUGAGCUCAGUCCUUAUAACCUGCCCUUUUCACAGGGGUGUAUCUACAGUGCUGGAGCAGAUUCUCUCUUUAAUAAGAAUUAAGAACUAAAUCUGUUCGUUAAAUUGGCGCUUCUGAGGCGCAGUGAGGUAGAUGACGGCCUUCGCAUUUCCCUUCCGAGUGGGAGAGCUGGCGGGCGGCCGGCAGCGAUGCCGCGGGCCCCUCUGCUGGGCGAGCGCCGCUCCUGCUUCGCAAUCCGAGGAGGAGAGCGGCGCGGCGCAGCCGCUGUUUCUGCUGCCCUGCGCCCUGCUCGUCCCCCCUGAUCUCUUCAGAUGCAAAAUCUAAACUCCAAAGUCUCCCUUAGUACAGUUAAAAAGCGUGAAAACAUUGCAAUGCUCAGAGCGUUUCAUAAGUUGUUCUUUUGGAAUGGGAGAAUGAAGAAUUUCUGUGGCUUUUUUUUUUUCCUUUUUUCUCUGUAAUUAAGAGAAGCUAAUACGAGCCCUGCCCCAUGCACACAUACACACUCACACACAACUUGGUUUUGGCCAGAAAACAUAGCAAGAGCAUCCCUCCUGCAAACCUUAACAAGAAUACAGACCAUGGUUAUUGUAAAGUGCUUUAUUUUAUAAAAAUGUACCCAAUGACUAAACUACAGUCCAUUUGUUCAACAUUUAUUUGCUCCUAAGUUGGGUGGAUUUUUUUUUUUUUUUCCCUCCAUCAGUGACAGAGAAAAAGCUUUCUGGAAGGAGACUGUUCUCUGUAUGGGAUGAUAACUGAACUGUCUUUUGCAAAACUUGAUUACAGUGGUAUGUCUGAGCACUGUGACAGAUUAUGUUAGCAUUUCCAUCAUAUUGUACAUACUUUUGAGAUAUUCUAUUUAGUCAUAUUUUAUAGGAGUAUUAAGCUAGUUAAUCACUUUUGCACUUGUAUAAUUCAGAGCUUAGUUUUAAGAAUAAAUAUGGCAAACAAUAAUUUUUGUGUUCUGCUUGCAUUGGCAUUUUGAAAAGCAACAUUUAAGAAAGUGGAACUGUGUUAAUAAACUGACUAGUGUGAUAUACACCACUGAUCUCUUAACUAAUAGAACUGAAACCGCUUAAAUGCAUGACACAGGCCAAACUCUUUCAAUAGAAACUAAGAAAUUAAUUAGUUCCACUGAGUCAUGUGAACUUGCUGUGAUUCACUGUGGAUUUGGCUAGGUAUAUGCAGAAAAAAACCCUGCACCAUCCCCUGUGAACAAAAAUAUAUCCCUGCCAGCUGAAGUGAUUCUCCCUGCACUUUUGUAGUAAUGGGUAAACAUAAUGGGCAUGUGUAUUUAAAUCGGUAACAUGACAUUCAACUAAUGCCCAAACUGAGGAGAAAGUUCUACUAGUGUUAACUAUUUAAAAGUAGGAGUCAUUGUUUGUAAUCUCUUAUGUCAAUUAGUAUUGUAUAUUCCGAAGGACUGGAAACCAGAAGAUAAGGGUCUGCUAAAUAAUUGCAUCAAGAAAUUCUUAUAUUUGAUCUUAUGCCAGUCACUCAGAUCUGCAUUUUGAAAUGCGAUUUUUUUCUGGGUGCCCAGCUUAGAAGACCCCCUUCUCAAAGGAUGAUUAUUUAUAAUUCAGAAAAUUGUUUCAUUCAAAAAUGUAAGCUCUCAACUCACUGAUUCCUUUUAAAAAAGACAAGCCUUAACCUCCAGGUUUUGAUUAGAAAAAGUAUUAAUAGUCAUCUCUACAGAGUACUUUGGUAUCCAGGGGCCAGGUGUGCUGUUGAAGGCCUGAUUAUUCUUUACAGUUAGUCUGUUUACUGUUGGGGGAGCUCUUUUCCAAAUGAGCUUUCCCCAACUACAGUAAGGUUCUUUACCUAAUCUGAUUGAAAUGUUGUAUAGUUACCUGCUGUUUGUGUUUUUCCCAUCUUGCUGAGCAUUGGAUACAACAGCUGAAAUAAGCUUCAAGGCUUCGUAUGUGAACAGUAGGGUGCUGCCUGUCCAAAAGGGUUUCAAACUGGUCUUUGGUUGAGGACAUGAAUGUCUGUAUGGAUAUAUCUCCAGCAGGCACUUAAUUUGUGCAAACAGAUAGGCAAUAUUUAUUUAUACUGGAACUUUGUGUGUAGAAGUGAUAAUGUGCAACCUAACCCUGGAUGGUAUCAAAUAACGGGAGUUAAUGCUAUUUUUCUCGCCUGAAGCAGGGGCCUGACACUCAUGGCUUAUGCCUUGAUUCCUGACAGUCCUGGCCGAAGCUCUGCGUACCGUUCCGUAACAGGAAUCAUGCCCUCAACCUUUGAUUGUUUUGCUUCAGGACAAAAAAAGGGGGCUGUGAAAGGAACAGUUAUAGCACGCCUUUCAGGAAUCCGGUACGCAAUAUCACGAUUCCAUUUUUGUCCUGAAGCAAAACAAACCAAAACAAGAGACAGCAGAAUAGGAAAGAAAUGUUGGGAAGUCCAGGGCAGACCACAGUUAUGUAGCCGGGAGUGUAGUUCACAUCACAUCACUUCCAGCCCAGCUGAUAGGGCCAACUUUUAAAAAGGGAUUCAACAAUGCUAAAGGGUUGGGGUCUUUGUUAUUUUACUGCCUGAUGACAAAACCUGUAGUCCGUUUGCUGAUGUUACUGAUAGACUUGCUGGAAUAACUUGCUCGAGGUGAAGGCCAUAGAUCUAUUGGGGAUCUAGGGACCUGGAACAAGCUUUUCAUGGAUGAGGGGAAUUAAGUUGGUUAUUAUGGAUGGAUAACCUUGGUUAAAGUGGUGGCACUUUUAGAUUGCCUCCUCUAAAGUCUUUACUGAAUUCAUUUCUGUUCCUUCUACAAAAUGUAAAGAUUUUACCUCAAAACAUUUAUCCAUUUGCAACUUUCUUUUCACACACAUCAGUGUGAAUUUAACUCCUUUUCAUUUCAUUGUUUCUCUUCUACCCAGGAAAACUUGUUUAGUUCUGUUUCACCAAAAAGCAAAACCAAGUAUGGUUUAAAGUUCUGGACAGACCCUGGCUUAAAUUCAUCCUCAUGAAAUGCUCUUGAAUAACUACUAGUCAUGCUAUCAAAAAUAAAAUUUUUUCCCUUGUUCUAGCACGCCUUCUUGGGGACGUGCUCUUGCUUUUAAAUACAUGUAGACUGCUGCGUUCAGGGUAGACGUGUAAGGGAGGAAGUGAUGUAGAAGCUCUUUCCCACAUGCCUGUUUGAAGUGUCUGCAGAUCAGCCAGUGCAUUUGCUUUGGCUUGCACUGUCACAGGCAGAACAGCACCCAACAGAAAGGCGAGAACUCCUAAUGCCUUCACUGCAGAUGCUUGAAAAGUAUUAUAAAAAAAGCCUUAACUCAUUUCUCCCUUUUCUUAAUUACUUUAUGGACCUGUUCAGCUGCUACACAGAGCUUAUGGGGCUAGAGUAAGUGUCAUCCAUGGUUUCUUUAAUUGUACCAAUGCAGUGGCUACAAAUCCUACAGUCUGGGACAUUUAUCAGUGGGAUUCUUGCUAGAGAAAUGAAGGCAUUCAGGACCUUAAGACAGACUUCAGGAUUUAAACCUAAGUAAUUGACAGCUAUAUCAAGAAAGGUUCAUUUGCUGUCCCCAAGUCAGGGGCUUCCUCACUCACUUCUGUAAGAGUAUCCAGCAAGAAGGAUUAAACUUCUCUUAUUAUUAUACAAGAGAAAAUCAGCUUUGUUUUAAUAAAUCAUUGUAAUUGAUCAAAUGAAUCUAGUACAAGAAAUUUGUAUCUACAUUUGUGCUACAAAGAUGUGUUCUUGUCACUAUUCAGUUAAUGAAAGUAAAUGUUUUGAAUCCAUUUUAGAGCAGAGUUCUUGUUCAGAAACUUGAAAGGAAUAUGUCAUUUGUAAUGAUUGAUGGAUCCUUAAAUGUUGAUUUGGCAAGUUGUUCUAAUGUGGGUAGCUGCAGAAAUAUUUCAUAUAUGUUGUUGUAGAUUUGAAAACAUUAAUCAUGUUCUCAUUCAAGUGUCUGCAUUUCUGACACAGAUGUGACAUAUCUGUAUAUAUUAUAAAUCAAUACUAUUUUUAACCAUAUAUUUUGUACAAAUAUUCACAUUAGCUCUGUACUUCAGUGAAAAUCUAUUAUGGUAUUAAACAUUUUGGUGGAAUUAGCAAA